CUGUUCAAAGUUCAGCAUGCGAGCACGCAGACCGAACUGAACGGAGCUGUCUGCUGCUUGUGCUCGUGCGCCUCGGAGUCGGUGAAUGAAGCCGAUAUUUGAUUCGGACACGUGAUAUAUGUGUGAAUGGACGGUGAAGGGAUCAGCAGCGGAGGAACCGGGGGCGCGCUUCGUGAAGCGGAGGGGUUUAGCGGCUGUGACUGGGAUCUCCGCUCGGGGCGCGGUGCAACUUUACGCAUGCGGGACACACCGAAGUAGGUAUGCGCGAGGGGCAACGAACGGGGAACGGGAGCGCGCGGGAUGCUCAUAUAUGCGUAGUCUAUCUGAGGUUCUAGGAUGAUGCUGAUAUGUUGAGAUAAUGAGAUGAUGAGUCCAGGUGUCGGGUGGAACAUCGUUCUGGAGCGGAUCAUGGAAAAGGAACACUGCGAAUAGCCGUUAACUUUAGCCGUUAACCUUUACUUUAUUUGUCUUUUCGUGUCUUGUCUUGUAUUUUUCUUCUUCUUCUUUUUCUUAUUGUUUGGGGGAUCUCACAGCAAAAGAACGCUGCGAAUAGCCAUCAACCCAUCUCUCUUACCUUACUAAUUGUCUUGUCUUGUUGUGUUUUUCUUUUCAUUUGGUGCAUCUCACAGCAAAGCAACACUGCGAACAGCUCAUCACCUUUACUAUUUGUCUUGUCAUAUGUUGUCUUAUAUUCUUGUUUGAGGCAUCUCACUGGGACGCUUUGAUCUCCAAGUAAAACAUGGGCUUAUCCAAAAACGAGACCCUGCUUUGGUUCCACGAACCAGCUCCAGUAGACUCGAACCACACCGGUAAAGACCCCCUGAGCCCGGAGGUGGUGCUGGUCCCUGUGGUCUUCGGCUGCAUCUUCUUCCUGGGCAUCGUGGGCAACGCACUGGUCAUGGUGGUCCUCGGCAGGAUCAAGUCCGGCCGCUCGCGCAGCACCACCAAUAUCUUCAUCCUCAACCUCAGCAUCGCGGACCUGUCGUUUCUGCUCUUCUGCGUGCCGUUCCAGGCCACUAUCUACUCCCUGCCCGAGUGGAUCUUCGGUGCUUUCCUCUGCAAGUCCGUGCACUACUUCGUGACAGUCACCAUGCUGGUGAGCAUCUUCACGCUCGUGGCCAUGUCCGUGGACCGCUACGUGGCCGUGGUGCUCUCCAAGAAGUCCCCGUGCAUCCGCAACCGCCGGAACGCGCUGCUGGGCGUCUGGAUCAUCUGGCUGCUGUCGCUCGUCUUCGCCGUGCCCGUCGCGCAGCACCAGGUCGUGACGGACCACCCGGACGCGCCCAACAGCUCAUUCUGCUGGGAGAUCUGGGGCGAGCGCGUGGCCCGCCAGACAUACAAAGUGACCAUCCUGGUCAUCGGAUACCUGCUGCCCCUGGUCCUCAUCACAUGCUGCUACGCCAAGGUGUUAUAUCAUCUUCAUAAAAAAAUCAAGAACAUGUCCAAGAAAUCGGAACGCUCAAAAAGAAAGACAGCUCAGACUGUGCUCCUGGUGGUAGCUGCCUUCCUCCUGUGCUGGAUGCCCCACCACAUCAUUGCCAUGUGGGUGGAGUUUGGUGACUUCCCCCUGAAUGACGCCUCCUUCGCCUUCCGCAUCGUGUCGCACUGCCUGGCCUACGGCAACUCCUGCGUCAACCCCAUCCUCUACGCCUUCCUGUCGGAGAACUUCCGCAAAGCAUGCCGGCAGGUCUUCACCUGCCGCCUCUUCUACCCGCCGCCGCCGGUCAAGAAAAUCACACGGAUCAGGAUGGACAACUUCUCCACCACGCACUCCACCACCAACGUGUGAACCUAAAGACCUCCUCCAUCAUCAUGCUGAACCUGAGCCAACGUUUAUCCUGGAAAUAGCCUUAUAAUUCACACCCAGUUCAAAUUACAGGCCGAAAUUACUGCCGCGACGCGAGCAUGCGAGCGUGAGCUACUGAUUUACACAAGUUCACACACGUUACACACGUUACACAAGUGCCGCCAGCGACAGGAGGAAGACCAUCCCAUUACCACUGUUACCUUCUCACAAGUGGUCUUGGAGGGCUGAAAGCAAUCCCCCUCUCAACGACUUACAAAUUGCUUCAUUUCCACGAGCGGGAGCUUCAGUCGAGAGCGGCCGAGAGAGGCUGAAGCCGUGCCUGUGGAGCCUCGUCUGAGAAAGUGUGGAACGAGAAGGGCCUGAGGGGACAGAGCUCUCAAUUGUAAAAAAAUGUGGAUGUAAUUAAAUUUAUUCUGGAUUUUUGACAGUAAAAAAUCUAAAGUGCUGCAGACCUCCACUUAGCGAAAAGGCAAAAAACGGCACUUGAAAAACUUGAAAAAAAAGCUUGAAAAGUCAAGGCCCUUAUUUCAAAUACACUGUUUUUUGUUUUUUUUUGACAAAGUUGAGAAAAGGAAAACCUUAAAAUAUUAUGAGAAUAAUUGUGUUGGAAUACUUUUGUGAAUAUUCUUAAUGUUUAAUCGACUUCAAUCCGCUCAUCCUGUGAAGAGUAUUUCUGCCUGUCGGAUUUUCUCUAUUAUUGCAUAUUUGUCACAUUAUUUCACAGUAUGAAAAACAUGUAUCUCCAAAACAACAGCAACUUUACAGGAAAGAUAAAGAUAAAACUUUCUUAACUUUCUUUCAUGGAAGUCAGAGUAAAAAGAGUUAAUUUCUGGUCAUUCUGAAACAAUUGAAUGUGGAUGGGAUUUUUACCAAUUGUCUGGUUGCAAUGACAGUUCUAGCCAGAUGCUGCCGGUCACAAUCAUUACUGCAUUAUCAUGCAGAAGGGAAGUCGGAAAUUUUGGCUCAACACUGAUGCUGACUGAUGAUGAAACAGGCAAAAAGAUGCAUGAAAUCUGAUCUGAUUAUGUCAUAGCUGAAAUUUUUGCUGCAUGACUGAGUCGGAUUUAUGUCUGAUGGAGGAACACGUAGAAAAGUGGCUUUUCUAAAUUGAAAUCUAAAUUGAAAAGAUAAAAUUUCACAUGUUCCCUUACCUCCCUGAAAAAAUCUGAUAUGUGUCUCAUUGGGGGAGGGGGGAAGUAUAAUUUAUGUUAAUUCAGCCAGAAAAUGUGAAAGUAGCCUAAGCCCUAUCCGGACAGGAUUAGUUUCUCAGGGAGACGUCUGUGAAAAAUAUUUCACACUUCUACUUAGUGACAAAUCUAAAAUUACCAGAGGGCCACGGCAUUCGGUGAAAAACAGUAGAUAAUUCAGCCUGUACGUUUCUCAAAGGACGCCUGAGAAAAAGAAAAACACGUACAUGAUUGUUCCAGGUAGGAUUAAAAUCGCAGAGGACCCCCAUAAAUUUUUUUUUUUAAAAACCCGGAAUCCCCUGAGACACUUAUCCCGUCCAGAUAGGGUCUUAGAGCAGGGAAAUCAGCUUCUGGUUGCGAAAAAAAACCUUAUUGCAAAACCUUUAUGAGCAACUAUCACUGUCUUUAGCCCUAUUCAUAUUUUAAUCCUGUCCAGAACAACCAUGUAUGUGUUUUUCUCAUAUGUCCUCUGAGAAAAUUACAGACUGAAUUAUCUACUGUUUUUCGCUGAACUCUUUGGUCCUCCAGUAAUUUUAGUUCCGUCCAGACGCAUAUAUCUCAGAGUUUCGUCACCUCGUUUAAUAAAAUAGUCACACAUUUAAUAAAAUAGCAAUUUGUCCUUCUACACACCAUAAUUACACUUUGGACGCACGUUUCCAUGGAGAUCCACGUAAACAUAAGUGCGUGUGGAAAUGGAGGAGCUACUGAACGGGAUGUCGUGACCGAGAAUGCCUUAAAAAAAAACUCACUGGUCCUCCUGUUUUUCAAUUGCAGUCCGGAUGCCAGAGUUUUAUCACUAGAAGAGUAGAGAGAUAGAUACUUUAUUGAUCCCCGAGGGG